GUCAGAGAAUCGGCUCACGUAACGGCCGCCGAAGCAAGUCUUGGAUUGUUUUCGUCUUCCAUGGGAGUUUAAAGCAAAGUGGGAGGAGCGCUGGUGAAAUAGUUUGAUUGUUCAGUUUGUGGGAUCGAUUUUGAGCUUAUCUUUUUUACAAACGUGGGCAAAUAGUUUACGAGGUCGUGAUGGUCAGGUCAAGGUUUCCAGGUUUGGUCCAUUGAUGUUGGUGUUCUAGUUUCCUUCGGAGGCAGCAAGUAGAUGGGUUUUUGAGUUGGGGCCCUGACAUUAUCAGGGAAAUUAGAUGUAUUUUCAUAAGUGGAAGCCUAGGUUACAACCUUUGUCCUCGGAGAUUGAUGUUUUCCCGAUUUAGGUCCAUAUUUGGGGUCUUCCUAUGGAGUAUAACUCAGUUGAAGGGGUUGAGUGGGUGGCAAGCAUGAUUGGUCCACCGUUGUGGACAGAUCAAGGUAUGAGGGUAGGUGCUCAAUUGGGAUCUGCAAAGGUUUGUGUAGAGCUGGAUGAGGAGUAUAUGUACCCUACUCGUAUCAAGAUGUACCUUGAUGAUUAUCCACCGUUAGAAGUCGAGGUAUAUUACUGCAAUUUGCCUUUGAUUUGUAAGAAGUGUCAGAGGUUAGGACACAAUUGUGAUAGAAUGGGCAAUAAGAAAUGGGUGAAUAGGGAUGCAAGAGUUGGGGAGAAGGUGAUUACGCUUGAGCCAGGAGUGGAGGAUCUUAAGUCUAGUAAGGAAGUUGAGGUUGCCAAUGAAGAGGAACCUGUUUUGUCGAAUACUUUCAGGAUUGAGGAAGAACUAUAUGGCAUUCCAGUCACAAGCUUUGUGGAGGUGGUUAAUGGAUUGGCAGGUAGUGUUGCUAGUCCCAAGGCUUCUAUGCACGAGGUUUAGAGGGGUAAACCACCAGUUCAGCCUGGGAAUUCAUCACUCCAACAGGCUUCAUCAGGCUCUACUCUGAUAUCCAAUGCUUUUGCGGUUUUGGAUGGUUCUUUGGAAUCUACAUCAUGUUAUUUUCCUAAAGUUGUGCCUGAGCUAGAGAAGAGGGCGAGGAAAGGGGGUGGUAGAGGGGGUAGGGGUGGUAAGAAAUAAUAAAAUUUUUA